CAAAAUUAGGAAAUUCAGGAUACAAAAGCCAAGUCACUUACCGAAAGAUUGUUUCUUCUUCUUCUUCGCUUCCUUUCUUUGAAAUUGAAUUCAGAUAUUUUUUUAUUUUUUUUUUUGAGGGGAAAAAUGGAGAUUUCGCAGAGAGUGAAAGCUCGAUUAGCUGUUCUCACCGCGCAUUUGGCGGUGUCUGAUACCGUCGGAUUGGAACAGGUGUUACCGGCGAUCCAGCCAUGGUGCACAUCGGCUCACAUUACCGCUGCACCGCAUGGAUCGCUUAAAGGAAAUUUGACGAUCGUCGAUGAGCGUACUGGGAAGAAAUAUCAGGUCCCUGUCUCAGAGCAUGGUACCGUUAAAGCCGUUGAUCUCAAGAAGAUAACGACGGGGAAGGAUGAUAAGGGGCUGAAGUUGUACGAUCCUGGUUACUUGAACACGGCUCCGGUUCGAUCUUCGAUUUGUUACAUCGACGGAGAUGAAGGAAUCCUACGUUAUCGGGGAUACCCAAUUGAAGAAUUGGCUGAGAGCAGUACUUUCAUUGAGGUUGCUUAUCUCCUCAUGUAUGGAAAUCUGCCUUCUCAAAGUCAGCUAGCUGAUUGGGAGUUUACGGUUUCUCAGCAUUCAGCUGUGCCACAAGGAGUCUUGGAUAUCAUACAGUCCAUGCCUCAUGAUGCACACCCAAUGGGAGUUCUUGUGAGUGCCAUGAGUGCACUUUCUAUCUUUCAUCCUGAUGCAAAUCCUGCUCUUAGUGGCCAAGAUAUUUACAAGUCAAAACAAGUUCGUGAUAAACAGAUUGUUCGUAUUCUCGGAAAGGCACCAACAAUUGCAGCGGCUGCUUAUUUGAGGACGGCAGGCAGGCCUCCUGUUCUUCCUUCGGGCAACCUUUCUUAUUCAGAGAAUUUCCUCUAUAUGCUGGAUUCAAUGGGCAAUAGGUCUUACAAGCCUAAUCCUCGUUUGGCUCGAGUGCUGGACAUCCUCUUCAUACUGCAUGCUGAACAUGAAAUGAACUGCUCUACUGCUGCUGCUCGGCAUCUUGCCUCUAGUGGUGUUGAUGUGUACACCGCUUGUGCUGGAGCUGUUGGAGCGCUUUAUGGUCCACUUCAUGGUGGCGCGAAUGAGGCUGUGCUUAAGAUGUUAGCAGAGAUUGGAACAGCUGAAAAUAUUCCAGAUUUCAUUGAAGGCGUGAAGAACAGAAAGAGGAAGAUGUCAGGUUUUGGACAUCGUGUUUACAAAAACUACGACCCCCGAGCAAAAGUCAUAAAAAAACUGGCAGAUGAAGUGUUCUCCAUUGUUGGUAGGGAUCCUCUCAUCGAGGUAGCAGUUGCUCUAGAGAAGGCGGCACUCUCUGAUGAAUAUUUUGUUAAGAGAAAGCUGUACCCAAAUGUUGAUUUCUACUCUGGAUUAAUCUACAGGGCAAUGGGAUUCCCACCAGAAUUCUUCACAGUCUUAUUCGCAGUCCCGCGUAUGGCUGGAUACUUGUCACACUGGCGUGAGUCGUUAGAUGAUCCUGACACUAGGAUCAUGAGACCCCAACAGGCCUAUACUGGAGUGUGGAUGAGGCAUUACGAGCCAGUGAGAGAACGAACAUUAUCAAGUGACUCGGGAACGGAUAAGUUUGGUCAAGUUUCCAUUUCGAAUGCAUCAAGAAGGCGUUUGGCUGGAUCAUCUGCCCUUUAGUCUCAUUCCUACAACACACCAAUAAAGAAGAAAACAUUGG